AUGAAGCGAAUAGAUGCUGAUUCCCAAAGCACUCAGUAUUGGAUAAAGAAGCCCAAGCUAUCCACCGGAAAGGAAAAGGGGAAUGAUAGGUAUGAGACACCCUUUUCACAACUAUUAGGCGGUAAGGAGCCACUAGAUCAUGUUGAACUUCGAUAUCGACUAUUAGAAAGUACUUGGCGUAAGCAACAAGUAAAGAUUGAGAAUAUUUUAAAGCAUGCAAAUGUUGAUUUAUUCAAGAAUCUAUUGCAAUAUGUAACAAAUAUCGAGUCAGCAUCUCAAAAAUUACCAAUUGGGUUUCUCCAGCUUGGUUCAAAUAUCGCCAAUAAUUUAAGAAUCUUCAAAGAACUUGAAAAAUAUUUAUUAGAGAAUGAAACUGAGAAGGAAUUGAAGAUUGUCAAUCUCAGUUCAAGUACUUGUGCAAACAUCAAGGCUACAAUUAGGGAGAUUGUGAAACAAGUUACCUCUGAAACCGAAAAGAAAAGCGGUCAGGAUCAAUACAGUAAUUCUGAUGAUUCAUCCCAAGAUGAAGAAGACGAAGAACAAGAAGAUGGAGAAGAAGAUGAUGAAGAUGAAAAUGAGCAAGCCAAUAUUGAUAUGGUUGUCAAUGAGGGGAAAAAAUAUCACGGAAAGAUUAGUUAUGAUUUUGAUAUCAUUGCUGAUUGGUGUAGAGAUUAUUAUAAACGAGAAAAUUCAUCAUUUGAAAAGCUUCGAAUUGUAAUUGUUAUUCAAGAUUCAGAUGCAUUACCAAACCAAUUAUUGAAUCAGGUUCUUCGAUUAGUUUUUUCCUACUCAAAAUCUAUACCGAUGCGUCUAAUUGUUGGUUUAUCAUCAAUCAAUAGUAAUAUUAGUACAUGGCUUAAUAAUAAUCUUAAUAAUGAAUUAAGAAUUUUUGUUGAAGGACAUCUUUACCGCACAGAAGAUAAUAAACUGUUGGGUCAUAGUAUUUGUAAUGAUCUUUUCCUUCAAUAUCAUGAAGAUGAAGAUGAAUUCGAUACAGACGAUUCAAAUGAUCAUAAUAUCCUAUUACCAGUUUUAUCACCAAAGUUAACUGCAACGUUAUUAGAUAGGUUCGAAAACUCCAAUAAUUCAAUUGAUAGUUUGGUUUCUUCUUUCAAAUUGGCCUACUCAACUUAUUUUUAUCAACUGCCAUUACCUGUUCUAUUAAGUAAUAAAUUUAAUGAUAAAAAAUUCGAGUUAUAUGUUGAUACAUUAAGGAAAUUACCAAGUUUUAAAAAACAUAUAGAAACAAUCCUUGCUCGAAUUUCAGACUUGGAUCUAUCAUCUAACAAGGAAUCAAUUGAUAGUAUGAAGAAAGAAAUCAUUGAUUUAUUUGAAGAUUCAGGGGCAGUUAAGGAUCUUCUUUCUAAAUCCAUUAAAAAGAGUAAGUUUGAAACAUUUAUGACAAUUAAUGCAACUAAUUUAGUGUACUCUUUACAAAUGCAAGAUAUACAGAAUGGUGGAUUAACCUUUGAUGGAUCAAAGGAAAAAAUUGAAAUCUACCAAUUGUUAACUACAAGACAAAUAUUUUCGUCAUUAUUUUUAAAUAAUUUACUCAAUUUUGUUGGUAGAUUAUCAGCUCAAGGUUUAAUUCAACAGAUAAGAUAUAUUAAUUCAUUACCAAAGGAAAAUUCAUCUGGAAAUGAUCAGGAUUUAAUUUUACUUAUUGAUGAAUUAAAUAUUCAACUUGAUGUUUUACAACAACAAUUUGAACGUGGCACUUAUAAGAAAUAUUCAGAAGCUGCUUCUCCUAAUAAUAAGAAUAUACCUGAAACUGUGAGAGAAUUAUUGGAUAAAUUAUCUAAUAAAAUUAUAACUUGCUAUAAGAAGUAUUUUAGAAAAUUUACAAAUGAAAGUCAACUCCCAUUUUCUGAAGUUUUCACGGUUUUAGGUGGUACAGAAGUUGACCCAACACAAGAUGAACUACCAGAGAGAACCUCUAACCUUAUUCUUCGACUUUUACGACCAGAUCUUAGAUAUCUGUUGGAAUUAGCACUUGAAGAUUCAACUGAGUACCUUUCAAAUUCUUUAAUAGCUAAUGAUAUCAACUCUGAAGAAAAGUAUCGAAUCUCUCAUCCAAUCCUUACAAGAUUAUUUCAUGUUUACAAGGAUGCACCAGUUUCGAUAAAUAUUUAUGAUUUCUUCUCUGCCUUUAGAGAAUCAUUUGAAAAGGAAAAAGAUUGCCGAAUAUUGAUUAAAUAUUUGAAGGAAAAUCCUACAAUAGAGGAAAGCUCCCGUCUUAUUGAUGAAUUAACAAAUAUUGUUGAUGGAAAAGAUAAAAAACAUCAAAUAUGGGAUAAAAUAGUAUACUCAUGGUUCUUACAAGGUUGUUUUGAACUACAUCAAAUGGGUAUUAUUAAAGAAAAACCAAAGGGUGACUACCUUGAAAAAGUCAUAUGGAAGGGAGUUUAA